GCCGCCACCUACCUUCCUCCACCCUUUCUCUUUUCUCCUCUCUGUGAGCAAACGAAGGAGAAAAAGCCUCACACCACCGUGACCACCUCACCAUGGCGCCGCCGCUACAGGUCCUCCCGCGACGAGCCAAGGGCACCGGGAGAUGCGUCUCGUCGUCUUCUUCCUCCUGGUGCAAGGAAUCGAGCCGGAAGCACUCCAAUCAACCGCAAGCUCGCCGUUCCCUUCUCCGACUCCGGCGAGUAAUUCGUCAAUUCCGUACGCCACCGUGCUUCCCUGUCGUUUCCGGGAAUGGAUUCGUGUUCCUGGUAACUUCCUCUUCCCCCUGGACCUCACGCCUCUCUCCACCUUGUUCUAUGCCAUCCUACCGGCGUUGACCGCCGUUUCUCCCCGCAGGUGCUCGUCGCCGGCGGCCCUCCGGUGGUUCCUCGUCGCCAAGACCGCCACCAGCGGGUUCCCCAUGUUCUUCCGCGUCGAACGCGCCCUCUCGCUCGUCCCGGUUCGCCCGAUAGCUCCAGAUCGACUUUCGUCUGUAAGCUCCGCCAUGGCCGUUCUGGUCCUGUUCUGCGCGUUGACUUGGUUCAAUUGGAUACGAAGCUCCUUUUGGACACAAUCAGAAACGCACCCUACUGAUCCGCCAUCAGUUGGGCCUCGGCCCGUCUUUUCUUCCGGCACAGUCAACGCCCGCGCGGCCCGUAGCCUCCCGUCGCCGCUCGCAGGCCAGAACUGGGCCGGCCCACGCGUGCCAGACCUUUCCUCCCGCCGGCCAGCAUUUGCUUCUUCCCGGAUAGGAUCACGAAGUGGUGUGGUGAGAUACGACAAGUUUCCUGGGUGUACCUCGGCAAGCUUUAACAGUUGGGAAUCAUGA